CCUUGCCAACUCAUUGUACAGGCUGGCUUUGCUCCUCGCUGAUUGGCAGACAGCUCUUGUGACAUCAGAGCAGAAACAAAAAGCAAAGGCAAGUGAAAAAAAAAAGAACAAGGACACCGGUGAGAGGUACAUGAAAAAUACAGUCUCCAAAACUGCCUGCUGCGCUCGGAAUAAUGAACACAGCAUAGGAAUCUGGGCAUCACUUGUUACUUCCAGCUUCAGGAUAUUUUGGGAUUGGUGAUCAUUUCCAGAUUAUUUUAACGUUUUCUCACAGCUGUGAUCAAUUGCUGCUUUAGGUUGUAAGGAAAGUUAGUGGACACUUUUGUUUUAGUUUUCCAGUAAAGAGAGAGAGAGAGAGACACAGAGAGAGAGAGAGAGGCGGAAAUUUAAAAAUCGAAGUGUUUGCUUGCAGGAUAAAGGUUGCGGCUUGUUACGUUUUCCAGAAAACCCUAUAACUUGUAUGAAAGUAUGUUUAAAAAGAGGCGGACUGGACUGAGGAUACAUUCAGAGUUCUGCUUACCAGCCGUAGGGAGGAAUCGUUUGGAGUAACACCAAGUAAUGUGGAAAAAACACAGUCAAAAGAGAAAACCCUCAACCAGACACAAACUCGGCACACAGGUACUGUAAACCUCACUUCAAAGUCCCUGUUAUCCUUACUGCAUGUACAUAAUUCUGCACCAGCUCCCUAAUAAGAGCUAUUCUCUCCAUGGGUUGGGUGCUUGGUCUAGCAAGCUUUUCUGCAUGCAUAUCAGUUCUGUAUGCUAGUGGGCAUUACAUGAAUGUGCUGCCCCGCAAUGUAUUAUUCAUGUGGUUGGGGUAGGAAAUGAAUUCAUUAAGGAAUAUUUUUUUAUUUUGUUCAUUGAUUUCUAUUUUGUUGUAGAUAAAUGCUAAUUAUUUACAUUACCACACUUUUCAUGUGACACCAGUCAACAAGAUGCAAUAGGGGUCCAUAAAAUAUUAUGGUGGACUUGGCAACCCUGUAAUUGGGAGACCAAUAUUAACACUUUAAUCUGCAAAGUCUAUCAAUCAUAUCCUAUGCGGCUGCAAUAAGGUCAUGCGGGGUGCAUUUUUUAUAAUAAAUAUUCCUUGAAAAUGGGAGAAAUAAUUAUCCUAUCCAUUGGUGAAUCUUGUUUUUAGAUGCCAUAAAGUUGUUAAUAAUUAGAAACUAAGACAUGCAGCAAGCACGUGCACAUGUGUGUUAUAUUAAAAGCACAUUUAUGCUAUAUAGUACUAUUUACUAACCUCUCUUCAGCUGUCUAACAAUUUGGAAAACCUCUAAGUUUUAGGGAGAAAAAAAAAUGUCCAUUUCAGAUAAUUAAUAGUUUUAAUAGACUAUUGUGGCCUUAAUUUAACAAGUCAGCUGUCAAACGGUGCAAAUUGCUGUUUAGUUAAUAGACCCCAAUGAGAAGGCUAGUUCACACUUGCAUAGACCCCUCUCUUUUUAUCUUCUGCUCCAUUGAUCAAUCACAGAUCAAUUAAAUGACUUCUAAGCUUGCACCAGCUAGGAAUUUAGUUCAUUAAAUCUGUUUUCCCAAAACUAAAUCAAAUGCCAAAGUUGGUCACAUACAUAUAAUAAGGCAGCACUUUUAGUGUAACUUAAUUACAUUUUAUACUAUAUAUAUUAUUUUAUUAUAGUUAUUUAUUUUAUUUUAUAUUUUUUUUAUUCCCAAGUAUACAUCCUGCUAAAAGCAUGCACUUUUUUUGCAAAGGUUGAUUGAGUUCACUCUUAAGCUGUUAAAAUUCCAGGCAAUGAUUGCAACCAAAGUUACUGCUACCCUGAACACUAUGUUACUGCUUUUUUUUCCUGAUCAGACCCUGAUCACACACAUCCAGGCAUUCCAAGGAGAGACGUUUGUUUCCAAGCCCUGGAAAGGGAUUUAUUUUAUUUGUGCUGGAGUCUUUUGAUUUUUUUUUUUUUUUCCCCUUUCUUUGAUUUACCGGUGGCCAAUUGGCUUAGUUUGAUGCUUCACAUAGAUUUUAACACCUGUACUGAGUUCCUGAGUCUAACCUUCUGAUCUAAUCUGGCUGCUACAGACACAACACCUUCUCAGAAGGUAAACAGAUUCUCCAAGACACGUGCUCUCUCAUCUCCGCUUCUGAUCUCAGGACAUUCUACUUCUUAACUAAUAUGCAAGGCAGACAUGCGCAUGAUUAACUACUUUAUUGAGAUUAUUUGACUUUAAAAUGUUUGUUGCCCAUCUCCGCCAUUACCUCAAGUAAUCUUAUCUAUUGUAAAACAGGCUUUGAUGUCCUGUCUUUUUUUUUUUUUUCUUCCAGGAUACUGCAUUAAAGUAAAAAAAGAAAAGUUUGCAAAGUGUUGUCUUAAUUUAGCUUAAACUAAAUAAAACCGGUUUCUCAGGUUGUGUAUGGCAUUUGUCACAGAAUAAUCCUUUGGCCUGUAUAUUUUUAAUGUAUGACACUACUUUUUAUUGCAGUGCUCUUACUUAAUCUGUUACAGUAUUUCUGUGUGUGUGUGUGUGCUUUGCAAACCUCACCUUUUGCUGUAUUUCACUGGUUUAGGGCUGUUUUCAAUAAACUGGGAAUUGUAGAGACAUGACAAUGGAACUUGAGAAUGAUACGGAUGAUUAGAUGGAGCAUUUUUAUACUUUUUAGCUAGUUUGGCCCAAAAUUUGAAAUUUCCUGAUUGGUCAAUGAAUUUCUGGUUCCCAGUUUAGUGUAUAAACCCUUCAUGGGAUUGAGAACCUCCAGCUGCUGUAAAGUAAUAAAGUCAAGCUCCUAUUAAGCACAUACAGCAUUCUGUGGGCUCCAGAGUUGUUGGUCUGUAAGAGGUUGCCUGUUAGUGGUGUGUAGCCUGACAACUCUUUGCACACAUACAUUUCUCUCACUGUGUUGCCGCAUGACUGAUGGAUACUUUUUAUGUGUAUGUCUAAGCACACUGAGGUGCUGUCUACACCUGCUUUUCUUUACUUGGUAUGGAGAAUCAUUUUGUAUGUGUUUCAUAUUGUAAAGGACAGAUUGAUUUCUGCUUUCAGCUUGUAUAAACCUGCAGUAAUUUUAGAAUCUGCUUUAUAGAUUGUCCUCGUAUCUGGUCAUAUGAUGUAUGAAGGCCAUGAGAACAGAGUUUAGCAUAUAACUACAAUGAAUUAAUCGUGUGUGUGUGUGUGUACACGCGCAAACACCAGUCUGUGCAUAUCUACAUGUCAUUAUUGUCCAUAAAAGUUCUUUACAUUAAAGUGUUUGUGUUGCAACAUCUUCAUCCAUUAGGUUGACAAUGCUAGCCGGGAUCCGCUGUCUGCUUCUGCUGCUGCUUUACCAGGUCCUGCUGAGUGGCUGCACGGGUCUGAUUCCAGAGAUAGGAAGGAAGAGGUACGCAGAGUCAGGUUGGGCAUCUCCCCAGCAGUCAAUGGGCAUCAUCAACCAGUUCGAGCUACGUUUGCUCAAUAUGUUUGGUUUGAAGAGGCGUCCAACACCUGGCAAGAACAUUGUGAUCCCCCAACACAUGCUGGAUUUGUACCAUAUGCAUUCAAACCACCUAGAUGAGGAUCAGGACAAGCCUCCCAUGGACCUUCACCGGGAGCGUGUUGCAAGCCAAGCCAACACAGUAAGGAGCUUCCAUCAUGAAGGUAAGAGAGGGUAACCCUCCUCCUCCUCCACUCCCCUCCGGCAUAAAUGUACGCAGUCCUUUCUUGUAGUAUUGUAGCACCGCAAACAACCACCACAGCAAUUGCUACAUAGCAUAUCAUCCUCCUGUAGAUAAAAUGAUAGCAGUUGGGGUAUAAGAAAUAAACUGCAUGAAGUAAAUGUUUUGUUCCUAGAAUCUCUGUAUAUUUCAGUAUAAUUCUUUUAAAUACAGGUUGUGUUAUUUGCUAUUGUCAUGAAAAAAUGUAAUGUAAACGUUUUCACCAUAAAGGAUAUUUUUGAUUGUUUGACCAUGUUACGUGGUAGCUGAUUCGUGCCACUUGCUCAACCAUGAUUGGAAAGACAUUUGUGUGGGUUUUAGAUUUUUUUUUUUUUUAUCAGGCUCUGUAGCAAUGGGAGUUGUAGUCCGGAUCUCAGAUGGCCCAACUCUGGGCGGUCCUAUGACUUGACGUCACAUUUCCUUGUUCGCGUCCCUGUGAGAGAAGCACUCACUCUAAUUAAACUAAUCGCGCUUGAUCACUUAUUUUUGUUUUGUAAAUGAAUUUGCCCUUUGCAGUGCUGAGUAAACUUUCAUGAUGUGUUUGUGGUACGGUUUUCCAAAGCCGGCACUCUUGGCCCUUCUUCGUCUUUCAGACUGUGUCCAAAAUAACAAUUCCCACAGAUAUAUUUCAAGUUUAAUUCUAAAUACAAGAAAAAUCCCCUAAUUUAAAGUUGAUGUGAGGUUGUUUGUCAAAUUUUUAAUCCUUAUCUAAUCCCCGUGAGAUAACAGCAGUAUUAGUAACUGUAUUUGAGGUUUAUUUAUUUUAUUUUUUUCAAUUACUUUUUUUUUUUUUUUGUCUUCUGCAAAACCCUGGAUGGUCUCGAGUGCAUAAACAAAAUAUCCAAACGUAAGCCUGAUAAUAGACUUGCAACAGCUGUCUGCUUGGCUGAUUGUGAUACACUUCUUUUUUUUUUUUUUUUUUGAAAACCGAUGAAUUUUUAUAUAAAGAUGCUGAGAGGCCUUUUCAAAUACAGCCUUUUAUUUUUUUAUUAGGUGCAAAGUAUAUCCAUAAUCUCAAAUGGGAUACAGCCAGGGCAAGUUAUUUUCUAGAUUGUUUUUAUAUAUAUAUAUAUAUAUAUAUAUUUUCAGUUAUUUACAGUGUUUAAAAUAUUGUAAUCAAUUAUAUUUAUUGGAUUUACGAUGUAAUGUUAAACAUUGAAAUUGGCCUCUAUAUUUGAAGCUCUGAGGAGUACAUAUUUCUUCAUGAAUAGCGUUCUAAGUUGUGUGAACAAGGGGCUAUUGAGGAAGCUGUGUAGAGUCUGUAAUCAGCAAAAGCAACAAUAUCGAGGGAUAUUUAGUAUAAAUCUUGACAGAAGUCCAAAAUUCUAUUUUCUUUGCUACUUAAGGUCUGCUGACAUUUACCUAGAUCAAAUAUACAUAUUCUAUGUGUUUGCACUAUGUGUUUUUUUUUUUUUUUGUUUGUUUUUUCUUUCCUGCUUUUUGUUGUGUGCAAGAGGAUUUUAUAUAUAAUCUCACUUUCAUUUAAAAUAAUAAUGAACAAAAUAUGGAACGUGCUGUAAAAUAUAUUUUUAAGAAAGACGUUCAUAUCUUGUUCAUGACACUUUGGGUUCUAUUGACUAAACUGUUGACUGUGUAGAAUUUUUUUUUUAAAGGACAUAAAAAAAAAAAAAGUAGGUCAUAAAAAUUCAGUGGGGGUGAAUAUUCUACAAAUCACCCACUUUUAGUAUAAAAAAUGCAUUUACCAUUUCAUUACACAAUUCCUGGUUAGUAAAUGACCCCAGUGUGUCUCGCAUGCUCUAUUGUCGCUGUUGUAAAUAGCUUAGAAAGGGAGAAAACUUCCUGCCAGGUGUCUCUUGUUUGGUAACAUUGUUGCAAAAUUGUAUUACAAAACAGACCAGUGUGUGUCACCCCAGCAGGGCUAAUAAAGACUGAAUUAGUUCUGAGCUUGACUUGUGCUGGUGUGUGCAACGUCUUCCAGCAAACCAAGAAUUGGUCAACUGAACUCUUUGCAUUGCAAUUUAGUGUAGUACAGUGUGUAUGUAUAUGUGUAUGUAUGUAUAUGUGUGUGUGUGUGUGUGUGUAUAUAUAUAUCGAUCUAUAUUUUUUGUUUUUGUUUUAUUUAUAAGCAGAAACUAGCCAAAACCCUAAGCAGCGUGCCCAAGUAAAAAAACUAACUUGCAAAAACAAAACUCUUGCACUGCUAGCAGUCCAUGUUUUAUCCAUUUCUUGGCACAAUGUAGGCAAAUACUUAGAGCUACACUGUCUCAUGUUUUGGGUUGUUGUGUUUUGUUUUGUUUUUUGCAAUAAAAUAAACUAAUUUUAAGUUGUCCAUCAGAUCCUUAGAGGAAAAACCAUAGUCGAACAAUAUGAGCAAUAGGGGUCUACGGUGUUUCCACUGCACGCAUGAGUUUAUCUGUUGAGAACCUUGCAGGAUCUUUCACAGACCUAUAUUUUGUGCUAUCAAACAAGCACUGGUGUAUGAUGCACUCUCCCCUACCCCAGCGAUGCAAUUUAUCAACACACUACCUGGGAGGACUUGGCAAAAAUGAGGCGACCCCACACAUGCCAGGACUACAUUAACUCCUAAACCACUGGCGUGCUUGCAUACUGUGUUGGGAACGUGUGUACUAGAGUGAUCAUUUGCUCCUAAUCUUUGCAUGCUGCCUAGCUAGCAUAACCAUAAUCCAACACGUGUUUAUAAAAGCAUACUUAUUAUAAUAUUGGUCCCCUCACUUUUUUAAAUUUAAUUACAAUAAUAAUUUGUACAGCUUCAUGUCUGUAUUCUCACUGCUGCCUGAUCCCUCUCCUGUGAAGUCAUCAGCCCUGAUGACAUUUUGUCCAAUCAGGUGAUUCUCGUAGAAAGCAAUGAAGACCUGGUACAUUUGCAGAGAUCACCACGGUAGGCUAAUCAACCUGCUGCUUCUCUAUGUGAAGCAUUGGAUGCACACAGCAUCCAGUGUUGACAUGCUUCGCCUUCUUACACCAGAUGGCAAGUAGAGUAGAUAAUGGAAUCGACUCUACUUGCCAUCUGCAAAAUAUAAAGAGUAGUGCUGGACAGCAUUUAUUCCCCAAAAUCACUUCACUAAAACGCCUGUGUCGUGGUUUUACUUUUAUGUCCCUUCUAUCUUAAUGGUUAUGCUUCUCUCUUUGUCAAUUGUUUUUUUGUUUUUAUUUAUAUUUCUACAGUUUUCUUUCUUGUGCCAGAUCUCAAUAUCAGGACAAACUGCCACUGUGUUCCCUUCUAUCCAUGAUGUUUGUAGUUUGCCCUUUUGUGAAUUUCUUUUUGACUGAUGGAUUGUAGGUGAAUUAGAUCAGCAACGGAAAUAGAAUGCUUAAGCUACACCUAUUGCCCCAUGAGAAAUAGAAGCCACUAUUUUUUCAUGUGUAUACCUGAAUCUAAGGUGAUUUAAAUAAGAGACAAAAUUAUUAAUUUCAAGCAAAACCUACACCGUAUCACUGACGCCUUAAGAUUAAGUAAUUUUAGCACUUCGAUUGUCCCUUUGUGUUAUCAAAACCACACAAUGACCACUUAGUCAAGAAAGCUGAUGAAGCACUAUAUAGACUAUUACUUAUUGUCACAGUUAUAACAUGUUCUGAAACAUGGAUUAACAAUAUAUUUAUUUUAACUUUAAUAAAAUUUAAGCUCUUCCGUAGUCCCAGCAUUGCACAGUGUGCUCUUGUACUUGAUUCCUCAAGAAGCAGGGGUUUGGGAAAUCCCCCUAUAUAUUGUGUGUCUGAUCCUUAAUAUACCCCCAAUGAAAACAUACAUUUAAUUAUGCAUUUUUCCCCAUUGGAAUUAUAUCUAAAAAAUAGCUUGCAAAAUUUGAGAUUUCUUGACUGCAGCCUUCACAAGCGCUCCUCCGUCUAACCCCACCCAGAUUUACUGUUCCUGUCCAAUCACAGACUUACAAAUGCAGCUCAAUGAGAAGUCUUUGCAAGGCAAUUGUCUAGCUUUUGAGUUUAGCUCCAGUGAGCUAACAAACCAGGAAGUAACAGGGCUGCCUGUCUGACAGCAUCUAUGGUACCAUCUAUGGUAUUUUAUAUAUACUUUAUGGGAGCUACAGCUGAAGGUGUUUUAGUAGAUACUGCUGAAAUAUAACACUUGAGUUAGGAAUAUGGUGGUAUUUUUAUUUAAUUAUUUUCCGUUCUAGGAUAAUGGGAUGCUCACAAUCCCAUUAGUGAACUUUGGCCAAGCCUGCAUCAAUGUAACACUAUACAAUGGGGAAGCCUGUUAAUGAGGAAUGGGUAAGAUAGUCCGUUAUCUGGGAUUAGUUGAACACGCUACUAUAUACUAAAUUUUUAAUGUCAUACACAACUUUUUUUGUUGAGUAGAAUUGUUCAGGCACCACUUACAACCUUUAGGAAGUCCUCAAUGAUGAGCCAUCACACUGCAGUAGAGUGGCCAUGCUGUGUAACCCUCCUGAAGGUUUGACAUCAUUGUGAUUACUGAAGGUGGAACUUUGUUCUCCCAUAUGGAGAGAAGUUACCCAUUGCUUGUAGGGACCCAAAUGAAUAACCAUGCAUGCCUAUCUCAUACCUUGGUUUCCAAAUAUCAGAAAUUUCUGAAUAUAAAAAAAAAACGGCCUCCUGAAUAGAACUUUUGAGACAAGAUUCCAUGAGUACCAAACAAGACAUUUUUUGUUCUCCACUAAACGAAUCAUACUGCAUCUUGUCUUCGCAUUUAUGGGAUGAUGGGACAGUAGAAUGCCUUCUGGGUUAUUGAUUUGGUGCUGACUGAAAAGCUAUGGGUUAGAAAACCAAAAUGCUAAAAUAGAUGACUUUGAAGCCAAGCCAAUCCAGCUAUAAGUGUCACUUGGCUCUUGAGUCCAGUUUUUACUAGAGUCCUCUACUGUGUGUGUGUGUGAUAAAUAUAAUAUUUUAUACUGCUUUUUAUUUCAUAAAUGCUCCAUUCCAAUUGUUUGUGUAUAAUAAUAGUAUGAAAAGUGUGAAGAACAUCUCAUAAGCAUUAAUCAGUAUUGGCAUGAGUCACACGGCUUUUAGUAUGAAUUGACUUUACAGUGCCAAACCGUGUUUAUAGAAUAAUUUAUUUAAUAUGCCUUUUGAUAUAAUUGGGACCCAUCAGCUGAGAGAUUGCCACCCACUCAGUGACCGCGAUUUUAUCUACUAGACAGAGGAUACGGAACAACACAAAAAAUGGAGGCGAAAUGGCAGCUUAUGAGAACUUUUUAUUGGGCUGGUUUAAAACAGGAGAACUCAAACUGGCACUGGAAAUAUAUUUUAUUGCCAUUGCCUUAUAUGUAAUGGAUUAUCAGCUCCUCCUGCCUAUCCUUUAAAUUAUGUAAUACUCCAUACUCCUUGGCAACCAGCAUGAGGGACACUAACCAAUUUUUGGAGUUUGCGGUUUUCCAACAUUGCCUCCAUCUAAACAAGUUCCUGGUAAUUUCAAAAAGAAAUUUGUAGAAAACCAUGGUGCUCUCAUUAGAAUACAUUUGUAGACAUGUCUAAUGGUGUGUUUUCAAGGCAAUAGUCUUUGUUUUCUUUUUCUUUUUUUUUUUCUUUUUUUUGUUGUUAGUUUGUUUUUACAUUUUUAAUUUUCUUUUGAUUCCACCCCUCUAACAAUCUUCUAUUGUGACUUUAUCAGAAAUUGGACUUUUAAGGUGGACUUGGAUCCAGGCAACAUAUUGACUUAAAGAAGGAAAAACAAUUGAACAGAGAAAAAAAAUUAAAUCCUUAUUUUUCAUGAUAUGUGAUUUCUCUAAAUCCAAUGUGCCCUCUAGUGGUGAUCAUCUGUUCUUGGUUGAGAGAAGUACGGACAGAAAAAACUGUACAGAUAGAGUGGAAGUUGGUAAUGAACGUGAACUUACUGGAGGAUAACAACCUGUUGAAUGAAUUAAACACAAACUCACAACAAAUUUCAACUAGUAUAGAAAAGCUCCCAUGUUGGCUUAAAAGAUACAGUAGAAAGUAAGGAUACUAGAUCCUAAACAUACCCAGAAAUUCCUCGUGAGAGAGCUAUGAUUUUGAAACCCAUAGUCUGGCUGAAGGGAUAUCCAGGAAAAGUGCUACCCCCAAUGUAAAAGUGGGGCAUUCGUUAUUAAACCGUAAACUGAUAAACUUCAAAAAAACUAAACAAAGUAGUAGAUAAUAGAAAUCCAAAAAAUGCUGUAUCAAAAGUAUCCAGGAAAAGUGCUGCCCCUAGUUAUAACGUGUACCUAAGCUGUGAACUGAUAAAAAUAAAAACUAGGGGCAGCGCUUUUCCUAAAUACUUUUAAUACAGCAUUUUUUGGAUUUCUAUUAUCUACUACUUUGUUUAGUUUUUUUUUUUGUUUUUUUUUUAAAAGUUUAUCAGUUUAGUAACCAGUGCCUCCCUUUUACAUUGGGGGUAGCACUUUUCCUGGAUAUCCCUUCAGCCAAACUACGAGUUUCAAUAUCUGUUCUUGGUUUUCUGAUAAGCAUUUGGAUUCACCUUUUUCGGAACACGGGCAUUUUAAAUUUCAUAUGGUUGGGGUAGUCUACUGGAUUUCUCGUGGACGAAAUGUGAUUGGGUUUUCUAAUGUAAAUAUCCCUUACAUGAUGUAAGUUUAUGAACUGCAUCCUUUGGGUGGGGGGUAUGUAUUUGUGUAUUUUUGCUAUUCAAAGAGGGAGGUACAUGGUGUUAUUCAAACUUCACUUUAAAAAACAAAACAAAAAACAAUUUUAUAUGUGAAAUUUUAAGUUUGUUUGUGAACAAUAAAUUGACAUUCGUAGAAAGGAUAAUCCUUAUCUCUCUUAUAACCCUGCCAAUUUCUACAUCUCCUCCUUUUGUGAGACAUUGCAAUGUUCGGUGACUUUUUCCAGAUUGUUAAAUGGGAGGAAUGUAUAUGUUUGAAAGCACAGCAUGUGGAGAAACCACAUCUUACUGAGUGAUACGUUGUAUAGAAUGAAAUGUUCAGGGAUUCCCAUCAACCUUGAAGUGCUUAUGUUGAACCGAAUAAUAUAUCUUUCUCAUAGUUGGUUAUUCAAGUGUAUUCUGGGCUAUAUUGUUUCCAGUAGGCAUUGAGAUAUUGUAUUCAGGUAUAUGAUAAAAUAGUAUUAUACGUAACUGCUUUAUGUUGCACAUAUUUUCUAAUAAUAUCAACACUUUGGCCUUUCCUGCUGGUUUUACUGUCUGUUUUGGUUAGCACUUUUGUUUGUUCUGUGUUUGUUGUUUUUGUGUGUCAGUGUACGGGGUAGAAACCUUUAUAGAAGCGCUCAAUUUGCUUGAGGUGUGUGUGUGUGUGUGUGUGGGUGGGGUGGGGUGGGGGGGAAAUGACCCACUAUUGUUUAAGAUAAUGGUGAUAAUAACCACUUAACGAGUGUUUAAUCAGUAUAAAGAAUAAUUGUCAUGUAUCAUUGACAGAAAGCUGGGAGGCACUUUUUAUUUGUUACUUUGAAACAUUGAAUAUGGUCUUGUUCGUGCCAAAUGUUGCUCAUCUGACAGACUCAUAGGCAGUUGGAGACUUCUGAAGUCCUUGAUGAGAUCAAUAUGGAUUCAAUUUAGUCCAGCAAGCAUGAAGCUAAAACUUCUAGGUUUAAUGAAUUUGUGUCUAGCAAUAAUUUAAAGUUGGAUUUGUCUUCCCAGCUACAUAGAAACCUAGAUUGAAUAGACCCCGGAGAUUCCACCUCUUGUCACAGUCUGCUUACUACGUAACCUCAUGCCUAUUUAUCUUACUCUCUUCUUUUAGGAUAUUUUUAUGUACACCCUUUACUAUUUCCACCAGAUGAUUAUUCCAGGUAUCCCCACACCGAACAUUUCUCCUCUUCCUAAAAUUUUUCCUGUCUGUUUUUAUUUUUUUUCAUAAGUUUUCAAUUUUAUCAUGCAAAAGAAAAUCUUUUCCCACAUGUGACCAGAACCCACCAUAUAUUCUGCACUUUAAUUCUUUUUUGAGCAAGAUGCAGCCCUAUUUCAUAUGUUCAUGUAAGGGUUGCAAGAUCUUUAGAAUUACGCUAAAGACCACUUUAAAGAAAACACCAUAGCCUGUAAAAGUCUCCUUUCACAUAGACUGCUUGAAGCCCCUGGGAAAACUCCACAACCACUACAAAAAACCAUGUGAUGCAGGUGUAGACAUACCUUGUUUAAGUCAGGAAGAGCGGUGUAGCUACUAACUUUUUUUGUUUGUGGAUAAUUAUUAAUUUUUUAAUCCAGUCAUUGUACAUCCAUGGUGAUUACUAAAAACUGAGGAGUUUGCCUUAAAGUGACACUCUAGUUAUGGUGUCUGGAGUGCCUGUGCCAUUCCCCUUUUCAUUGUUAAAACAUUUCCAAACAGUUUGAGAUUACAACUUGAGUGUACUCCCUUUUGGGUUUUUUUUAAACUGCAGAGGUACAUCUGAUGCAAAGGGGAUAUGGACUGGAUAAUCCAUUCCAUGUAUAUAUAAAACACUUUGUAUCUAGUUCAUUAAAGACAUAACUUAUUAAUUUUUUUUGAUAAUUAUGUAGUUUUUAUGAUUUUCUGUGCUGAGUUCACAUCCUCAUCAUUCAAACCGGGCUAAAGAAAACUGUGGCAAUCAAAUGUCCAAUUCCUUUCCUUUCCUUUCCCUGGCUUGAAACCUUGGUUUUUUUACUCUAAUCGACAAAACACCAAAAAAGGUUGCAAUAAAAUGUUUCCAUGUUUUGUGGACUCUCCUACAAAAAUAUUGGGAGCCAUGUGCACUGGUCCGUGCACAUUUUGUUUUAUUUUUGUGGCAGAAGGAAAUUCUCUAAAUUGUGAUGCUUUUAAAAUUAGGCUCUGAUUAUGAAAAUGAAAACCGCCCUAGAACUCCCUGUGACCUCAUUUAUCUGCAGAAUUCAAAUAAACAAAUAUGUGAAGGAGCAGGAGGGGGUGGGAACUCAUUGCCACAUUCUGCAGACUUCUGUUGCAUGUUCCAAGUAGCUCACAGGAAGACUGUUUAAACACACUUCUAUCACAUGCACUGUUAAUUCCUCUGCUUCUCGUGCUAUUUGGCUUUCUGUUACUUUUUUUUUUUUUUUUUUUUACUUUUCAGAGAUACUAAGGCCAUGAUUCAUAGAUGGUGUUUUAAGAAUAAAAUACAUUAAAUCAGAACAAUUGUAUUUCCCAGAGGGUAGCUCAGUUUUUAUUUAUUUUACUUUCUCACUAUGGUUUAUCUGGUUGGGGAGACAUAGAACAGUAUAAAAUAAAUAAUAAAUGGAAAACGUUCUAUCUGAGCUAUGAACUGGGGUCUGAGGUUAGACAGCCAUUUUUAUUUUUAUUUUUUUAUUUUUUUUGUAACAAUCCACCUCCCUCUUUGAUUUGUAGUUCUGCUCAAGUGUGUAAAGAAAAUGUGGAUCCUUACUUCUUCUGUUUUUAGAGCAAGAUCAAUUUUACAAGCGGUGGGGAAAAAAAGAAAUGCUGUUUGUUUUUUUUUAAAUAAAUGUCUUUAUUUUUCCUCUUUAAAUACUCCCCAUCUUUAUUUCAAACCACUGCAUUGUUUAUCAUUUUAAAACCCUAAUAAGUCUUAUUUAUUUGAUUUAUACAAUAACCUCUCAUACCUCCCAACUCUGGGUUCAUGAGAAGCGGGAUGUCUGUUUAGCGGCAGGUAAAUGGGGCAGGACUUUGAUGUGAUCGUGUCAUUCACUCUGCCGAAAGGGGUUAGACAUGCCUGAAUUACUGGCAGGUCAGACUGAUCUGAAUGCAAGCCAGAGCCAGUCUGCCUGCCAAUCAUGUAAAGCCAGCCCACCGAGGACCCUGCAGAGUGCGCUUUGCAAGGUGCAAGUACCAUGAACAUAAUUCAAGUGUGUCUAAUGAUGCACCCGCACUAUCCUUGUUGGGGACAGAAAAUUUGGAAUGCCCUACAGAACUCUGGAUGGUUGGGAGGAAUGCAUUUGCUGCAGCUUCUGCGAUAGGGUCACAAGACAUGCAAGUACAAGGGUGGUCCACCCAAGGAAGUCAGUGUGCCAUUAAUUGGUGAUGGGCCCAUUUAAAAAUAGUAGCUUGUCAGGGCUUAGUCAUACAACCAUUAAUUAUGAGAAGUUUGCUACUUUAUACAGCAAUUUUUUACGCCAUAAUAGCCAAUGAGGAAAAUGCUCCAUCUGGACAAUACUGCUCUACAUCUAGCAAAUUCCUGGCAAUUCCAGCUUUAAUAAAUAAUUCUGUUUUUGAUGGCUUUUAACACUUUACAGUUACCUGGCAUUCUAAAAUAAUUUCCUCCUAAAUGCAAAGUUUCUGCAUAUUAAUGUUUAGGAGUGAAAACUGCUUAAUGAAGUGCAUGACUACAUGCUGCUCCAGUGCAAUUAAAUGGAUUAAAGAAAUGCUCAAAAACAGCUUGCAAAUACCUGACCAGAUUUUAAUAAAUGUAUGUGACUUUGCAUACAUAUACCUAAAGUCCUGGAUUCGACAAGACAGUCCUAGUUUAGAGCUGAUGUCCUCUACCUGUGCACACCAGAGAAAUGGCUACCAUAAGCACACCAUGAUUGUAUCAUUAGCCUUACUUGAGUUGUGCAAAUUAAACUACAAUACUCUAGUUAUGGGAGCCUCCAUAUGGAAGGCCAGCACUGUUUCUGAUGGGCAUAGAUGCCCGACUGAAGUUACUUUUUCAGAUACGACCCAUUGAUUAUUAUUUUAUUGGCUAUGACUUUUGUCUGGCAUUUUACCAGUUACUCACAGUUCGUGACAUGCCUCUUCCGAUCUUCUCCACCUGUGCAUACCUCCCCAAGUUGAGUAGUCUAUUAGAAUAACUUUAAUGAUUCCCGAGCUAGAAUAUUUACUUAGAUCUUAGUUACAUACUGUCAAAAGUUCCCAUUUUACUCCAGGGCUGUAAUUGUUCCACCUAAUAAGUACUUGUCGAGAGAACGAUUAUUGAUAAAAGGUUCUGUUCAGAUGUGCUUUGUGUUUUCUUUUACGUAUGAAAGUAACUCUUCUCUAAUAAAUAGUCUCAAUAUGUGAUUCAUUGCUUUGGUGUCAAAGGUUUACGGAGACUUGAAAGUGAAGUUUAAUCAUUCUAUACCUAGAGCCAAAAGAUACAUUUAUGGGCUCAUAACACUUCUCUUUGAUAGAGCAUUUUUGGUGGGACUCUGAAUGGUACUUUAAAGCAAUGCUUUUUAUUAGAAUUUUUCCUUUGCUAUGAAUGGCUACAUCAUAUGAUGGGCUAAAGAAAAUCAGUAAAGCAUCAUAAAUAGAUGAUAAACACUCCAUGUGUGACAUCAUAGUAUCCUUUUACUACCAUGUCCAGUAGAUGCCAACAAUACUUUGCAAAUGGAAAAAUAACAAUUUUAUAAUAUUCUGCUGGCAUUCUAAAUGCUCCAGCACAGGGGCCCACAAGGGAGUUUAAUGUAAUAAAUUCCUGCGGGGGAGAUGGCAAUAUCUCCUACAACAGGAAGGCAUUUAAAAUCUGCACUGUAUAGGGCCCUUUACACAUGUGCAUUGCCAGCUCUUCAUAUAGUUCUUGGGAGAGCUAGAAGGUUGUGACGUGCUAUCAGUUUUUCCCGGUUCACAGGAAGUCACAUUGAAGUGUGCCACCCUUCUUCCCUUUCCUAAAGGCUAGGGAAACAGGAAGUAACUAGAAACAUGUGUAAUUCAGAAAAUCUGUGACUGUGUGUGUGUGUGUGUGUAUGUUCAUGUGUUUAUCUGUAUGAGUGUGGGUCAAUGAGCCAUUAAGUGACUGGUCAGUGGUUUUCUAAGGGAUAACAAACAUUUUUAUGGUGUGUCUGACUGUGUAACAGGGGUUUGGCAACCUUUGGCACAGCAGGUAUUGUGGACUACAUCUCCCAUAAUGCUGGCAAAACAUCAGGGGAAAUGUAAUCUACAACAUCUAAAGUAACAAACGUUGCCUACCCCUGGUAUAUACAGUAUAUGUAAAGUAUUAAUAUAGAUCUAUGUCCGAUGAAUCAUAAUAAUAUCCUAAUUUUAGUCGUGUGCCCUUAAAUAGUGUUUGUAAUAUUAAUUUGGAAAUGUCUCUUAUUCGCUGCAGUAGUAAUAGUAAAUGCAGUAUCCGCUUUCUUUCUGUACUAACUGCACAUUAUGUCUUCUCUGUGUUUCCAAUACCCAAUUUACUCAUUAUUGGAACCACCUGGAAUACGUGUUAUACUACUGAAACCAAGAUCAGAGCAAGAGAUUCCUACAUAUGUUGUUUGUGCUGUAAACAAAAUUCUGAAGCAAUAUACAGACCAGACCCUUCUUGUUCUGACUUGCUGUAUAAUGUAUUCAGUGAGGGAAACAGAUGUGACAGGUUUUCUAAAAAUAUAUUUUGUCUUUGUGAGCAGUACUCUAAAAAUAUAACUUCUUCUUUUUUUUUUUUUUCUUUUUUUUUUGAAACCAGAAUAUACUUUUAAUCUAUAACAUUGAAAACUCGAUCUUUGCUUAUUUUUGUCUCCCUUUGCAUAUUCAGACCAGAUUUUAUAAAAACGACAUUAAAAAAAUAAUAAAAAAAAUAUAUAUAAUGUGUGUGUGUGUGUAUGUAUGCCUUGCAAAUGGUUGAUAACAGUCUAUAACCACACAUAAAAAGAAUAAGAAAUGGUAAAAGUGCUAUAUAUAUAUAUAUAUAUAUAUAUAUAUAUAUAUAUAAUUAAUUUAUGUAUUUAUCUUUUUAUCGAAAUAAACAUGGUAAUUGGCAACCACAAAAAUUCCUGAAAGGGACACUGUAAGCACUAUAAACAUUUAAUCUAAUUAAAUUGGUUAGAGUGCCUGGAAUCUACUGGCCCUAUCACUCCAAUUCAGUGUUCAAAAGCAAACCUUUUUUAUAAUGGUGCAUGCUUAUAUUUAUUUAUCCAUUUUUCCCCCCCCCUUAUUUGUUAAUAUUGCAAUGUAAUACUCAUAUUUUGUUUCUUCUUUUCUUGACUCAGAGUCCAUGGAAGAGCUUCCCGAAUCCAAUGAAAGAGCCGUACAGCGCUUCUACUUUAAUUUGACUUCAUUUCCUAGUGAGGAGCUGAUCACGUCAGCCGAACUACGGAUAUUUCGAGAGCAGAUCCAAGAGCCAUUUGAGAAUGAUACGAGCAAGCUUCAUCGGAUUAAUAUUUAUGAUAUAGUAAAGCCAGCAGCAGCUACCUCUAGGGGCCCUGUUGCAAGACUAUUGGACACGAGGUUGAUACAUCACAAUGUAAGCAAAUGGGAAACCUUUGAUGUUACACCAGCCAUUAUAAGAUGGAUUGCACAUAGACAGCCUAACUAUGGACUUGUUGUGGAAGUGACUCCUUUGGACAAUGACAAAAACCUUCCUAAGAGGCAUGUGAGGAUUAGCAGAUCAUUAGCUCCAGAUAAAGACAACUGGUCUCAGAUAAGGCCACUGUUAGUAACUUAUGGACAUGAUGGGAAAGGACAUCCCCUUCAUAAGAGAGAAAAGCGACAGGCAAAGCAACGGCAGAGGAAACGUCUUAAGUCAAGCUGUCGGAGACAUCCGUUAUAUGUGGACUUUAGUGAUGUUGGCUGGAAUGAUUGGAUUGUUGCACCACCUGGCUACCAUGCCUUUUACUGCCACGGAGAAUGCCCCUUCCCACUGGCAGAUCAUUUAAACUCCACCAACCAUGCUAUUGUACAGACAUUGGUAAAUUCUGUUAAUUCAAACAUACCGAAAGCUUGCUGCGUACCUACGGAACUAAGUGCUAUCUCCAUGCUCUAUCUUGAUGAGAAUGAAAAAGUUGUAUUAAAGAAUUAUCAAGACAUGGUUGUGGAAGGUUGUGGUUGUCGUUAGGAGAACUUUGAACAUACAUUCACAAAAGAAAAAGCAAAAAAACACAAAACAAAGAAAGGACACUUUAAGAUUUCCCAUUGGAGAUUUUGUUUUUUAAUUUAUGCAAUAAAAAUGCUAAAAAACAGUUAUUUUGAAAUAUAAAUAUAUAUAUAUAUUUAUGUCUACAAAAAGUUGAGAACAAAUAUUUUAAUCAGAGAAAUGUUCCUUUUUAGUUGUACAUUUUAUAUGGGGAUUAUACCCAGCACAUGAAGUAUAAUGGUCAGAUUCUUAUUUUGUAUUUAUUUACCAUUAUAACCACUUUUGUUUUUCUAGAAAUGAAAUAGCUGUUUUUUGUAUUUAUAUGUAAUCAAAAGGAAAAAAAAAUAUAGGGUUUGUAAAUAUAUAUUUUUUUUUUUCUCAAUUCUUAAAGCAGAUUCAUUGUGUGUGUAUUUAAGUUGAACGUAACACAUGGAAAGUCAGUAUUGCAGUGUAUUUUUUUACUUUCUAAAUGGCUACUGUCUGUUUUUUAGAUCCGUGAGAUAUUGGGUCAUUCAUCCUAGUAACUCUCUGUAAUAUUGUAUUGUGCAACUCUCAGGCAUUAUACAGUGUGGUCUGUGAAAAUUUUUAAUAACUUUUUUUACAACCUUAACAAAUUUUACAACUCUCGCCAUCAUAAUUGCUGACUUUUUUUUUUUUCUUUUUUUUUAAUAUACAAAUCCCGCAAUUAUUGCGCUAAUUGUUACAAAAUGUGCAUGUUGGCCAAAAGGAUGGAAAAGAAAGUCCAAAUAAAGUGUUACAGCAUGCAAAUAUUUGUAUGUUGGAGAAGAAAUUUGAAAUCCGUUUAAUAAAAGCUGGCUCUAAUAUUGGAUGGGAGUCGUUCUUUACAACAAAAUAUGCUCCGAACUAUUUUUAAAAGAUUUUUAAAGUAAAUUAUUUAAGUAAACUUUGAAUGCCAUUACACUUAAUGUGGCUUAAUCUACAUUCCCUUCUCUUCAUUGCUUUCAGUCUGCAUUUUCCUCUAUUUGGCUAAACCUAUCAUCUUGUAUUCUAGUCACGUGCUGCUCCAAUAUAGUAUUUUUUUUAUUUUUAUUUUAUCUCCCCACCCCUCCCUUUUCUGUGCCACUAUAGCAAUCUUGGUGUGAGUGUGUUUUCAUGGGGAAGAUUUGGGUGCGUUUUUGGAAUGUCAAAACAGAGUUGAUCAAUAAAUGGUAAAGCUAUGACUUCAUCCAGUUUUUCUAAAGUAAUAAUAUGUGUCUGGCUCUUCUGUUCUAAACAUCUGUUUGUUUAAAAUAAACCACAAAAAUGGUUUUUCAAUUAGAA